AUGCCGGAGACAAGCGCCUCCACGACGUCUCAGCGUCUCGUGUCGCUGCUCGAAACUGUUGCAAACGGCGGCGCGACGGUCGAGGAGCUCGAGUACACGGCCGAGCUCCUUAUUGCUACUUCAGAAGACAACAACGAACCAGCUGGUUCCGACCGAGAGACGCUCGUGGCGGCUCUGGUUGAGGUCCUGGAGGUCGUCGAGUUUCUCGAGACAGCGCAGUCAUUGGCUGUUGCAGACGAAGCUGCGAGUGUUCUGCGAGGCGAGGCACGGAACAGUGACGGGGACCGGGAGAGUCACUCGAGCGAGGGAGUCCACUCGCGCACCAAGCAACUUGCGGCACAAUAUGCGAUCGGAAAAGACUGUCUCGCGGUGCUGGAAGAGGACAAUGCGUGGCAUCCAGCGCGGAUUCGGAAGCACAUUCGUGCGAGUGACAGUGACUGGGAUAGAGAGACCGAGAGUGGAGACGAGGAGCAACUGAUGCAGCUGGAAGUGGAGUUUCUCGAGUUUGGCAAGAGGCAGAUUGUCUGCGAGACGGACGUGGUGCUGGACGAGAACGUGGCAGAUCGAGAGGAAGUGGGCGACAAGAACGGACUCUGUGCCAUGUGCGAACGUCCGAUGAACUUGACUGCUCAUCAUGUCAUUCCACGGGUUACGCACGCAAAGUAUUUGCGAAAAGGGUACACAAAAGAGUUCCUGAACACGUGCAUUAUGAUCUGUCGUCAGUGUCAUAGCAAGAUCCACUCGGUCGAGGACAAUGCGACGCUUGCACGCGAGUAUCACACGCUCGAAAAGAUCAUGCAGCAUCCACAGAUCGUUGCGUGGGUUGCGUACGCACGGAAGCAAAAGGCUCGCAUCAGGCCUCAGAAGCAAGCGAAGUGGUUGGGGAGGAGGUGA